GCUUUCUUUUAUUCUGUUCCGUUUACAGUCUCUUCCCUUGCAACAUUUAUCACCUACUGUCCCAUACCGUUCCAAACAACCCCUUCAUAUUUCGGAUACUCUGUGUCUUGAUCAAUACCAACAAACAUUUGACACCCAUACUGCAAUUCUGCUACCAAACGAUGGCUCCUGUCAGCAAAGCCCGGAAAGCACAAGCCAAUGCAACCAAACCCUCAUCACAAGACAUCGAUGCACAUAAAAGCUCAGAUAUGACUGGAUCCGACCUGGACUUGUAUGUCGACGAUAGGGAUGUAUAUUCUCAGAACUCGUUGAAACGCAAGCGAUCAACAUCACCUCCAUCCACUCCAACACUCUCGGCUGGAAUGGACAGCGACUCUGCUUCGAGUUGCAGCUCUCUCGAACUCAGCCCAAGGCAUCAAUAUCUACCACCUAUGACUUUGACCAUCGACGUCCCCCAAGGUCACCAAGGACCCUUGGUAGUAAACCUCGAUAUCAACUCCCUGCUGGCUCAGGCUCAAUCUCAAAUACGCCCACUUCCAACAUGCCUCUCUCGUUCCCAUUCGAGCGCCGACUCAGGUUACUCCAGUACUGCAAGCGUUACAUCUGAGAUCAGCAAGCCCGAUACCACUUCGAAACGCAGUUUUCUGGAUCUGCCUGCUGAGAUACGCAACCAGAUCUAUCGCCUUGCAUUUGUUUCAGAGGAGAAGCUGGACUUCGCAUAUCCUAACAACUUCAGCCGAUCUUCAGCCCUCCUCCAGACUUGUCGUCAGGUUCAUGAGGAAGGCCGCAGUAUUCUGUACUCCGAGAACACCUUCUAUUUUCAACGUCGCAAGAAGGAGCGUGCUGUUCGCUGGACCACUGACGUUUACGAGAUUGGUUACAAGGACAUUCGAUUCUUCCUCAGGAGUAUUGGCCUCGCCAACGUCGGUCUACUUCGUCAUGUCAUCGUGAUGUUCGAGGAUGCUCAGCCUUCUAUGAAUACCCACCUCAAGGAUGCCGACGAACGCAGAUUUACGAACGAUAAGGAUCUGAUGGAUACACUACGCAUGCUGGGCGACCAUGCUAUGCUCAAGACUUUAGAUCUGUGCUUCCAAGGGAGAAGAACUUUCUAUAACCGGGACGAGUCUGAAUUCAUUGCACACCUUACUCGCAUCAAGGCAGAUCAGGUCAAAUGCAUCAACAACCCUGAUACCCCCUUUUCCAACUGGAAAGGUCUCUCUAAAAUCGGCUCAGCAGAUGCAGGCCGCCUCAUCCAUGAGAUGACACGACGAGUCACCAUCUUCCGAUGAUUCAAACUUGAGGUGGGACCGAGCAAUAAAUUAUUCGUCGGAUCUCGAACCGCACUCGGGAGACAAUUUUUUACGACAUGACCAUUGUAUGGUGCCCCUUCACUUGCCGCGUUCAGACCAGCGUUGCAUUUCAUGUUUUUUUUUUCUUACUCUUGUUCCAUGACAAAUGUCACUAUCACGACAGAGCGUUGUUUGAGAAGGAGUCAAAAUAUCUGCUUUUUGUUAUCAAUACCCGGUGCUUGGAUGACAGGAGACAAGCAUCAACGGACCUCAGGCGAAUGGGAUGCCUUCGAGUCAAGGAUUUAUCGGCAGUUCUAACGAAAUUAUGACAAUGUAAAAGGAUUGCCUUCCAGGCCCUUUCU